CAGUAGCGGCUGGCCUAUAGGGGGCGCUAGGGCGCCGCCCCCCUGAUAAGAAGGGGGGGAAAGGGGGAUGGCCAAUAUAUAUUCUAGAUUAUUAUUUUUUUUAUUAUUUUAAUUUUGUUAAAAAAUGUAAGUUUUACAUUGUGGUUUUUUUUCUAUAUGCAAUUCAAAUAAUUUAAAAUACUUUCCCAUAUACUGAGUCAUUAAAUCCACAGAUUUGAACCCUUUCUGUCUUGGGGCGCUAAGUCCGAGCGCCCGAGCAGUGCAGCUAAAUAGCCAGUCACGUACCGUUGCUAGGGCAAAUUAAUAAAAAAUAUAGCCAAUCAGUGUCGCAGAAUUUUAUGCGCUUGGGGCGCUGAAAAUAUUGCCCCUUCAUCAGCAAGUGCCGCGAGAUUUUAGCUAUAAAAAAAAAAGAAUAGUGUGGUUUCAUUCAGAGGUAUGAUGGCGAACUUAACGAGCGAGAUGCUGCUGCCCCCUAAUUCGGUGAGAUCCUUACAGAUGUAUCCAUUUGCAAGAAGGACAAUGGAAGAGAAAGUCCAAGUUAAGGAGUUAGGACCCGACAAGCCCGACCUUGUGAUCAGUCAACAGACGAAGGAGAAAAGUAAAGUCUACAAGCGGAGUUUUUGUAGGAGUUGGUUCGAGCGCAAGUCAUGGCUGACAGGCUGCGGAGUAGCCAAUGCACUUUUCUGUUUUCCCUGCCUUCUGUUUAAAAGUGACAAAUGUGAUUUGACAUGGACACAGUCAGGACAAACUGACUUGAAGCACCUCUCUGAACGGAUCAAGAAGCAUGAACGUUCAAGUCUUCAUAUGGAAAACUGCGUCAAGCUAGCAGUGCUAGGAAAGAUUAGCAUAGCAGCACAGCUGGAUGACGGGCACCGCGUCGCGGUAAGAAGACACAAUGAAGAGGUUGAUAAGAAUCGGCAUAUUUUAUCUAAGCUCAUUGACUGCAUUAAGUUUUGUGGUGCUUUUGAACUGGCAUUGCGGGGACACGAUGAAAGGGAUUCUUCAGAAAACCCGGGAAUUUUCAGGGGUUUGGUCGACUUAAUGGCAUCCAUUGACCGGGACUUGAACGAUCACCUUGAAAAUGCAACCGUGUUUAGAGGCACCUCAAAGACGGUGCAGAACGAGUUACUGGACUGUAUGCUGGCAGUUCUGAGAGAGAAAAUCUUUGAUGAAGUGAAAGCAGCUGACUUUCUAGCCAUUCAAGCUGAUGAACUUCCGCAGUCGCGCUGUCAACACAGUGUAUGAACACAAGGCUGAUCUGCUCACGUGUUGUGAGACCAUUCGGAAUAGCGCUGAAUUUGACGGCCCGACAAAGAGAGAGGCUGGCGGCUACGUGAGAAUGCUGGAGGAUGAUGCUUUUUGUUUUUUCCUGGCCCUCUUCCACCAAAUAAUGCCACACGUGGACAUGCUGUACAACCAGCUGCAGAAAAGAAACAUUGAUUCUGUCUACAUAUCAGAAAUCAUCCAGAGAUUCAUUGAGAGCAUGCAAGCCAUCAGGGAAGCUGUUCCCUCUCUAGCUGAGGGCCAGGAGGACAGGAGACCUGAACACGAGCCGCCCACGAAAAAACGGAGAACAUUGGGACAAGACCGGCAGCACCAUUUGGCAACUGAGGUUUGUGACACCAUUAUGUGUCAUGCCAAGGAGAGGUUCUCCUUCACCAAGCACCUGGUCAGCGCCACUCUGCUCCAAGGAGACUUGUUCCCACAACACAGCCAGACGUUCCCAGAUUCAGCACUGGAUACCACAGUGGAAGCCUAUCCCUCUCUGGACAAGGCCAGACUGAAAACCGAGCUUUCCAUGAUCUACGGCAAUGAGGAGUUCCGGAGUUGCAGUGGUGCACUGGCUCUCUAUCAAGUUCUGAUGGAGAAUAAUCUUCAGGACACAUUUACAGAAACUGUAAGUCUUCUCAGCAUCCUCAUCACUACACCGAUGACGACAUCAGAGUCAGAGAGAUGCUUCUCCACUCUGAAGAGGAUAAAAACUUUUCUCAGGAAUGCUAUGGGACAAGAUCGCCUCAACGCUCUGGCAAUGCUCUCCAUAGAGAAAAAACUAACCCGGGACAUCCCUGAUUUCAACACCAGAGUCAUUGAAAAAUUUGCAACCCAGAAAGACAGAAGAGCAAAGUUCCUGUACAAAUAAGAACUGGCAUGCUAACCCCUUCAAUCAGCAUAUUUCACUCAGUUUAUAAACACAAACACACUCCUCUUUCAGUCAGUCACUCACUCACUCACUCAUACACUCUGUUCAUUUUUUUCUAUUCAUCUGAUCACACCCUGUAAUUGUUGUUGAUUAUUGUAUUUGAUACCUUCUUUUUUUUUUAAGAAUUAUUGGAGUUGAAUAUUGUUCACUUUAUCAAUGAAACUGGUUAUUUUGAGAAGGAAAUUAAAUUGUUAAAUUGUA